AAAAAAACGAAACAUAUCACACAAUGGUUCUCUUAACCAUUUCACUUCUUCUCAUCAUUCUUGCACCACUCUCUUGGUUCAUCUAUGAUAAGCUCUACAAACCAUACUUGGACUGUCAAGUGCCAAUCGAACAAAUUGACAGCGUACUAAAUGGAAACCAGAAGAAAAUUGGAGAAACUGCCAUCAUUAUUGGUGGAUCAUUCUCUGGUCUCACAACAGCCAUGGUACUAAGUAAAUACUAUGAAAAAGUCCUCAUCAUUGAUCGUUCCAAAAUUAUUCCAGACGAAUCUAUUGCCAAAAAUAGACAAGGUGAACAAGCUCACGUAAUUGCCUAUCGUUCAAUGCUUGUCUGGGAGAAAUUAUUACCUGGAUUCCUAGAUGAAUUGAAAGAGUAUCUGAAAAGAAACAAAUUAAAUCAAAUAGUUUAUCCUGCAAGUCAAAUUAAAUAUAAUUAUAAGAAUGGUUUGGGAGUUUCGGAUCAUUUGGAUAUGAGAAAGAAUCCAAUGAUUAUGGCAUCUAGAGGUCAGAUUGAAACUAUUUUGAGAGAUAAAGUUAAGAGAGAAUUGAAAAAUGUAGAGUUUAUUGAUGGUUAUGCAGUUUCGUCUAGUGGAAUUAAAGUUGAAACUGUUUCGGAUAAUUUAAAUGGAAAGGUGACUCGUGUUAAAUCUGUUACCAUUACAAAGGUAGAUUCUAAUGAACAAGAUCAAGCCGGCAAUUCCAAAACAAUUGAAUGUAAUUUAUUGGUCAAUUGUGCAGGAGCUAAUUCAAGUAAUUUGAUGAAAAAUUUAGAAAAUGAAAUUUCACCAAAAAAGAAAAUUCUCACCAAAUCAUUUAUUGAUUGCAAGAUUGGAUAUCAAACUAUUUUCAUGGAACCAAAAGAUUCAUCCUAUGAUAGUGAAGGUAAAGUUGCCAUUUAUAGAGAAGAAAAAGAAAGUGAACAGGAAAAUAGAAAAUUGAAUGAUCCUUACUAUAUUGUCUAUUAUUUAUUGUGUUAUCCAAGUAGAAAGGGUAUUCUAUUCAUGCCAUACAGUGAUAAUACCUUCCUCAUCUUGUUAACAACUUACAAUGAAAAGAUUAACUCAGUUGAGUAUGAAAAUGCUAAAGAACAAAUUAUGGAAUUCUGUUCAAGUAAUCCAAAGAUGGAAAGAGAUGCUAAGAAUAUGCUUGAAAAAUUCAAAGAUAUUCCAACAAAAAUUGUUCCAUUCUUUGAAAAGAGUGGAAGUGAAUAUAUUCACUAUGAAGAUUUGAAGGGAGUGAGAGAUUUCAUUGCAGUUGGAGAUUCGUGUGGAAGUUUAAAUCCUAUUUAUGGACAGGGAGUUACAAUGGCUGUUGAUUCUGCUGUGCUUUUAGAUGAAAUGAUUAAGAAUGAAUUGAGUAAGAAUGAUUCAUCCCCACAACAAGUUUUCAAAGCAUCAUUCUGCCAGGAAUUCCAAUCAAGAAUUUGUAAAUCCUAUCUCGUUCCAUGGUUGUUGUGUUCAAGUACUGAUAUGAGGUUUGAUUUUGCCAAGUACACUGAUAAUCUUUCAAUGCAAAAGUUGAUUGCUCCAAUUUUGGGAUGGGCCACAGAUAAGAUGUUCAUGUCUGCCAAUGUGUCAUCAGUUUCUAGUUUCCACUUGAUGAAACUCUUAUUGAUGGAAGAUGGAUUUAGAAAAGAACUUCUCAAUUUGCGUUGGCUCUUUGGUUAUGUUUUGAGAAAGGAAGCUAUGAUUGCAACUUUCUUAUCACUUUCUGUCUAUAUUGCAACAUUGUUUUAGAUAAAAUCAAAUUCAUUUAAUUUC